AUGGAUGCGUUUAAGUUAUUGACAAGGUCCACCAAGUUCAAGGCUGGUAAUUCCCUGUCUUCGACACUGCCUUCCAAAGGCAAGGCCGAGAACCCCCAGCUUUUCCGUGACGCAGAGGCCGAAAAGCUUCUGGAGUCAAAUGCUUUUGGGAAAAAGAGAAAGCGCACGCAAGCUGCAGGUGAUUCAGAUGCAGAAGAUGGCAAUGCUGGCGAUCUAGAUUUCUUCGGUUCAGGUAAACGGUCUGCGGCCAGUGCCCCAUCGAAAAAGGAUGAAGAUGGACCUUCCGAGCAGAAAGAUGCAUCUGACUCCGAAGGCGAUGAUUCGAUGGAUGAAGUUGAGCGCCGGACGAUCUUGAACUCUCACAAGAUCAAGGUCACUGAUAUGCGUGAUUUUGAAGAACUUCAGCCCACUCAGCCUCAGAAGGAGGAAUCUAAGAAGAAAAAGAAGAAGAGAAAGCAGCAGGAAGAGGAGCCCGCUCAGACGCUCACUAAGAAGGAGCAGAAGAAAGCCCGGCGGUUGUUUCCGGAGCCCUUGGUCUCCUUUAAACAGCUGCGUACGAAGUACAAUAUUUCCCGACGUCUAGCGGAAAACAUUGCUGAGCAAGGCUUUACGGUCCCUACUGAAGUUCAACUAGGAAGUCUUCCUCUUUUGCUCGGAGACCAAUCAGUGCCGCAGAAGUCGGGCACUGAAAAGAGCACCGAACCGGAUCUACUGGUCGUUGCGCCUACAGGAAGUGGCAAGACGCUAUCAUUUAUGAUCCCGGUGAUCAACAAGAUUGUCCGGCACCAUCACGAAAAGCCAGAGGAACGGGGCAUCUUGUCUGUUGUAAUUGCUCCGACGAAAGAGCUUGCUAGCCAAAUCGUCAACGAAGGCCGAAAGUUAGCUUUGGGAACUGGUGUGAAGAUCACUUUGAUGAAGAAGGGCAUGCCAAAGAACAGCAAAGGGAAGGCGCCGGUUACCAAGAGCGACAUCCUUGUAACAACACCAUUGCUUCUUGUUAACGCGCUUUCUGCAAACCGGACAAAACCGUUGGCGACUCUCCCUCUUGUGAGAAAUGUGGUUCUGGAUGAGGCGGAUGUUCUCCUGGAUCCUCUGUUCCGCGACCAAACACUUGACAUCUGGCGCUCCUGCACGCAUCCUGAGCUUCGAGCAAGUCUCUGGUCAGCGACGAUGGGGUCAAAUGUCGAAGACCUCGCUAAGUCAACGAUCAAGGAGCGGAAAGAUACUCUAAGCGAGACCAAGUCUUAUCCGCUACUCCGUUUGGUGGUUGGCCUCAAGGACUCUGCUAUUCCAAACAUCAAGCACAAGCUGGUUUAUGCUGCCACUGAGCAAGGAAAGUUGCUCGGUCUUCGGCAGCUUUUGCACCCCGCCGCAGCAUCAUCAACGGACAUUCGUUUACGCCCACCUUUCUUGAUCUUUACUCAGACGAUUCCCAGAGCGGUUGCGUUACAUUCAGAACUGCGCUACGAUAUCCCUCCCGAGGCGGGUGGCUCGUCACGUAUAGCUGUCCUCCACUCUGAGUUAUCGGACGGCCAACGUUCCGAGAUCAUGAAGCAAUUCCGGAAGGGUGAAAUUUGGAUUCUGGUCACCACGGAUCUUUUGGCCCGUGGCGUUGACUUCAGAGGCAUUAACGGGGUUGUUAACUACGAUAUCCCGAACUCCGCUGCUGUCUACGUCCACCGUGUUGGACGGACGGGCAGAGCUGGCCGUGAAGGUGGCAUUGCAGUCACAUACUACACCAAGGAGGAUAUCCCUUAUGUCAAGAGCAUUGCCAAUGUAAUUGACGUCAGCGAGAAGUUACGGGGGACAGAUGAGGAGAAGUCUGUACAGAAGUGGCUGUUGGACGCUCUUCCGGACCUCAGCAAGAAGAAGAAGGAGGAGCUCAAGAAGCACGGCGUCAAGGCCAGGCAGACCCAAGGCACCAAAGACGACAAGAAGACAAGAAUUAGCACCAAGAGUGGUUACGAGCGACGCCAGGAGAACAAGAAGAAGGCUCUCAUCUCAGCCAGCCGCAAUAGGAAAUCUCAACCAAAGUCAGGCGCAGACUCUGGCAGUGACGACGACAAUCAGGGCUGGCAAGGACUCGAGGACUAG